GACCUCACGCUCAUCGUGGCUGGGGUGCCGCGGAGUCUAGGCCGACGAGGCGACGUUUCUUGCCAACGGCAAGGCGGAGCUUGAUCCACAACCGGCAGGGAUCGCAACGCAUUUCGCCUCUGAGCCAAAACCGUCCACGAGCAAGGGUCCACGAGCAAGGGUCCAUGAGCAAGGGUCCACGAGCGAGGGUUCACGAGCAAAGGGACCACAGCAGCCUAAUGAUCACCAAUUGGACGCACUGCGUACCGCUUCGGCUGGAUAUUCAAUGUAUCCCGUUGUCGUUAUUUGGCGACCAUGCGGGAAACGCGAGCUCCAGAUUUGGAGAUCGCUUUGCGAAGCCAGCUUUAGUUCCUUCAGUGGAGACCAGAAAGGAUUAUAAGCUGCUAGUCAGCCAGGUUUUGGAAACGCCAUGAGAAACCCAUCAACCGACAAAUCUCUCACAGCCAUGGCCACCUCAACCCCGAGCAAUACCAGCGAUGACUGGAAGAAACUGAAGAAGCUCAUCUUUGAGAACGACACCUAUCUCGAAAAGCUAUCUCAACAGGAUCUCUUCCUGUUGAUCAUCGGCAAUGACCUCCGUGACAUCCUUGCAGGGGAGAAGAAUCGGGAGUUCCACUUGCUUCUGGCGCUCGGGAGCAAGCAGGAAAGCUUGUCGAAACGGUUUUCAAGCACUUCCAAGAACGACGAAGAUCUCAUCUCUUCGUUGAAGGGCUCGCUGAGGAAUGGCGACAAGAUUGACGAGGAGAGUUUUCUACUCAAGAUUGAUGGGGCCGGAGCCGCCCUUCACCUACACCUCUACAGCCUCCUCCAUCCCGGCACCAAAGAGGGAUACAUGAGUGUUCCGUCGAACCUUUUCGUCUCGGAAAACAGUGCAGUCCAGGAGUCGAGCUUUCUGUCCACACACGAUGUUUUGAAGCCGGUGGACAACCUCCAGUUCGUUUACUCGUCCUCGCAUGGCCCUCCGGAAAUCCAAACCAGAGAAUCCGUCGACGUGUUCAUCGCAGAGCUUCCGGACGGUACCUGCCUUGACCACAUCAGGACAUGGACGUUCAAGGAAGGAGAGGAUACUGUGAAAGAGGACGAUGCUGCGUAGGGCGGACGGGAAAGCAUAGGAGAGAACAUAGCUCAGUCAAUGACAUUCGUUUAUGGGCCAGAUGUUUUCGGAUAGAUUUUAGAUCGUUACUUCGACCUAGACGACGAGGGUUAGGUUACAUACGCAAAUGCCAAGAUUCAUUCCAUGGUCAAUUCUCAAGUGCAAGUGGUUUUGUGUCUUUUGCAAAAGCUGGU